UGAAGGGGGUGUCCGCUUUAAAGCCGCUGCUCCCCGGCCCCCUCCCCGCAGGGCGGGCUGAGGGCGCUGCGGGCGCUGAAGUCCGUGUGGGAGCCCCGCCCGGAGCCCCUCCCGGCGGUCCUACUGAUUGUGAGCGUGAGGUGAGCUGAUAAAGGGGCUGUGCUGAUACCUUUGAAGAUAUAGUCUGCGACUCCUCAACGUAUUAUUACCUGAGAAAACAACCCAGACCCCAUCAGGACCAGGAACAAAUGGCUGCUUCUCAGGAACCGUUGACUUUCAUGGACGUGGCCAUAGAUUUCUCUCACGAGGAGUGGGAGUGCCUGGACCCAGCUCAGCGGAAGUUGUACAUGGAUGUGAUGUUGGAGAACUACAGCAACCUGGCCUCCCUGGGCACAUUCUGUGACUCCUCAACACAGUGUCACCUGAGGAAACAACCCAGACCCCAUCAGGACCAGGACCAAAUGGCUGCUUCUCAGGGACUGCUGACCUUCAGGGAUGUGGCCAUAGAUUUUUCUCAGGAGGAAUGGGAAUGCCUGAACCCCGCUCAACGGAAAUUGUUCCUGGAUGUGAUGUUGGAGAACUACAGCAACCUGGUGCCCUGUGCACAUUCUGUGACUCCUCAACAUAGUGUCACCUCAGAAAACAACCCAGACCCUGAUCAGGACCAGGAGCAAAUGGCUGCUUCUCAGGAAAUGUUGACUUUCACGGAUGUGGCCAUAGAUUUCUCUCAGGAGGAGUGGGAGUGCCUGGACCCAGCUCAGCGGAAGUUGUACCUGGAUGUGAUGUUGGAGAACUACAGCAACCUGGCCUCCCUGGCUAUGUCAUCUGAAGAUAACCAGAUCCUUAUGCCAAAGCCUGGAAUACAAGAUUUAUUCCCUAAAAUAAUACUGGGACCUUUGACCUUCGGGGAUGUGGCCAUAGACUUCUCUCAGGAGGAGUGGGAAUGCCUGGACCCAGCUCAGCGGAACUUGUACCUGGAUGUGAUGUUGGAGAACUACAGCAACCUGGCCUCCCUGGCUAUGUUAUCUGAAAAUGACAAGGCCUUUAUGCUCAAUCCUGGAAUACCAGAUUUAUUCUCUGAAAUAAUACUGGGACCAUUGACCUUCAGGGAUGUGGCCAUAGACUUCUCUCAGGAGGAGUGGGAGUGCCUGGACCCAGCUCAGCGGAAGUUGUACCUGGAUGUGAUGUUGGAGAACUACAGCAACCUGGCCUCCCUGGCCAUGCCACCUAAAGAUAACCAGGCCUUUAUGCCAAAGCCCGGAAUACAAGAUUUAUUAUCUGAAAUGAUACUGAGUACACAUAAUGGAGAGAACAGUUAUCAAUGCAUUGAACAUUGGAAAAACCUUAACCAAGAGUCACAUCUUAAUCAAGGGACAAGUGAGCUUGCAGAGAACCAUUAUAAAAGUGGAAAAGUCAUUGACCAAAUGUCCAAUCACAACAUACAUCAGGUUAUUCCUAUUGUGGAGAAGACACUGAAAGAAAGUAACUGUGUCCAGUCUUUUCAGCAGUCUUCAAAUUACAAUGAACAAGAGAAUAUGCAUACUGGGAAGGAGGCUUACAAAUGGAAUCUGUGGGGGAGGGUCUUCAUUCAAAAAUUCAAUCGAAAUAGACAGAAAAAAAUCCAUAGUAGAGAAAAAACUUAUACAUGUGCAGAUUCUGGUAAAACAUCUAUUUGGCCUUCAGUUUGCACUGUAAAUCAGAGAAUUCAACCUGGAGAGAAGUCUUACAAAUGUAAAGCAUGUGGCAAAGCCUUUAAAUGUCAUUCAUCUCUUAUUGUACAUAUGGGAAGAAUUCAUACUAUUUCAAAAUUUUACAAACUCGGAGAAAAUGGAAAAGGCUUUAGUGAGACCUCAAGACACACUCAACAUCAUAGAAAUGAUAUGGGACAAAAGUCUUAUAAAUGUUCAGAAUGUGACAAAGCCUUUAGUCGGCCCUCAACCCUUCGUAUUCACCAGACAGUUCAUACUGGAGAGAAGCCUUAUAAAUGUAGAGAAUGUGGCAAAUCCUUUAGACGUUCCUCAUACCUUACUGUGCAUCAGAUCAUUCAUACUGGAGAGAAGCCUUAUAAAUGUAGAGAAUGUGGCAAAGCCUUUACCCGGUGCUCUACCCUUAGCAUUCAUUUGAGAAUUCACACUGGAGAGAAACCUUAUGAAUGUAAUGAAUGUGGCAAAGCUUUUAGACAGUUCUCACACUUUACUUAUCAUCAGAGAGUUCACAGACGUGAGAAGCCUUAUAAAUGUAGAGAUUGUGGCAAAGCCUGUAGCCACUCCUCAGACCUUACUAAGCAUCAUAGAGUUCAUACUAGAGAGAAGCCUUAUAAAUGUAGAGAAUGUGGCAAAGUCUUUAGCUGGCCCUCAAACCUUACUAUCCAUCAGAGAGUUCAUACUGGACAGAAGCCUUAUAAAUGUAUGGAAUGUGGCAAAGCCUUUAUCGAUUCCUCCAACCUUCAAAAUCAUCAGAGUGUUCAUACUGGAGAAAAGCCUUAUAAAUGUAGAGAAUGUGGCAAAGCGUUCAGUAAUUCCGCAAAACUAAAUCGGCAUCACAGAGUUCAUACUGGAGAGAAGCCUUAUAAGUGUAGAGAAUGUAGCAAAGUUUUUAGCCAGUCCUUCUCCCUUAAUCGUCAUCAGAGAGUUCAUAGUGGAGAGAAGCCUUAUCAAUGUAGAGAAUGUGGCAAAGCAUUUAGAUGUUCAUACUCCGUUUAUAUACAUCAGAGAGUUCAUAGUGGAGAGAAGCCUUACAAAUGUAGAGAAUGUGGCAAAGCCUUCAGUGAGUCCUCAAAACUUAAUCGCCAUCAUAAAAUUCAUACUGGAGAGAAGCCUUAUAAAUGUAGAGAAUGUGGCAAAGCCUUUAUCCGGUCCUCACACCUUACUUAUCAUCAGAGAGUGCAUAAUGGAGAGAAGCCUUAUAAAUGUAGAGAAUGUGGCAAAGCGUUCAAUGAGCCCGAAAGACUUAACAUACAUCAGAGAGUUCAUACUGGAGAGAAGCCUUAUAAAUGUAGAGAAUGUGGCAAAGCCUUUAGAAGUUCCUCGUCCCAUAAUCUCCAUCAGAGAGUCCAUACCGGAGAGAAGCCUUAUAAAUGUAGAGAAUGUGGCAAAAUCUUUAGAUGGUCCUCUCAACUUACUAAGCAUAAGAAAGUUCAUCCUGGAGAGAAGCCACAUGAAUGAAGUGAAUGUGGCACAUCCACUGGCAGCUCCUCAAACCUUAUAGCACAGCAGAGAGGUCACACCAGAGAGGAGCCUUAUAAAUGUAAAAAAUGUAAGUCUUUAAUCAGUGUUCCUGCCUUGUUGUACAGGAGAGUUCAUACUUGAGAGAAGUAUUACAGACAUGAGGGGCCUCAUAAGUCCUUGACCCAGAGGUGAAAACUUGCUGAACACAGAAUUCUGUCUGUGAACAAGCCUUGUGAAUGUGAAAAAUGUUGUGAAACCUUUAAAAGCCAUUCAUGUAUUAUUGUACAUGAGAGACUUCAUACUGGAGAAAUCUUUCAAAUGUAGAGCACGUGCAAUAUCCUGUAUCUAUAGCUCAAAGUUUACUGGAUAUCACAGACUUAUAGUGGAGGAAAGCCUUACACUGAAGAAAAUGCGAGAAAGCACUGGCUGACUUGCCUCAGUGGUUUAGCUUGGACGUAUGAACUAGGAGGCCAGGGUGCAAUUCCUGGUCAGGGCCCAGGCACCAGUUGGGGACUCAGUUACAGCCGUGGGUUAUGUAGGAGCCAGCCAAACAGUUAUUCCCUCUCAUCAUUGAUGUUUCUAUAGCCCCAUCUUUUUUUCUUCUCUGUGUUAUAACAGUGGCAUCUAAACCUCUUCCUCCUCCACAUCAACCCUUCAGGCCCCUCUAGCUUCUGUUCAGUAGUUUGGAAUUUUACUAAUGUUGUAACUGACAUCAGAAGUUGACAUACAUAUAUAUAUAUAUAUAUAUAUAUAUAUAUAUAUAUAUAUAUAUUAUAUAUAUAUCUUUACAUUCAUGAAGUAGGAAGCCCACCUUUCUAUUUUUAUACUGGAUUCUUAAGUUUUGAAUAUUACUAAUUUUUUGAAUACAAUAAAAUGGGUUCUGUGUACUUAAUAACUGGAA